AUGGACUUUAUUACGCUGAAAACAUACAUACCAUUGUUUAUUGUAAAAUUUCAAGGAAGUUUAGACUUACUUCAAUUCUUUCUCUUACCUAAAGUUUACACAUCUUGUCGUGACGUCAACAGCGACAAACCACGAAAGGUCGUGACCCUUACAUCCGGGCUAGUCGUCAUGUGUGACACAGUGACAGACGGUGGGGGAUGGACCAUCUUCCAAAGACGUGUGUCUGGGACCGUAGAUUUCUACCGCGGCUGGGAGGAGUACAAACACGGGUUUGGGGAUUACGGCAUUGGGGAAUUUUACCUGGGUAAUGAAAACAUUUUCUGCCUGACUUCUAAAGCUGCCCACGAACUUCGUGUUGAUCUAGUCUACAACGGGACCUACUACGCAAGAUACUCCAGCUUUAAACUUUCCAACGAGUCUUUAGGCUACAAGCUUUCUAUUUUGAAUUACACUGGCAACGCUGGGAAUUCUCUAACAGCUGAGAACGGCCGUACAUUCUCAACAUUUGACAGAGAUACUGAUACAGCCAGUUACAACUGCGCUGUUAGUUACAAGGGUGCGUGGUGGUACAGUGCUUGUCAUACCUCCAACCUCAACGGCAAAUGGGGAAGUGUCAACUACGGCGAAGGGCUGAACUGGAAGACCUUGACGGAAUACAGCAACAACAUUAUCGUCUCUGAGAUGAAAAUGAGACCUAAAGUAUGA